UGGGUGAAGCCUGGCUCAGAGCAGUCCUUCCUCUACGGCAACCACGUCUUGAAGUCAGGCCUGGGCCGCAUCACGGAGAACACGGCCCAGUACCAGGGCGUGGUGGUGUACUCCAUGGCCGACGUCCCGCUGGGCUUUGGGGUGGCUGCCAAGUCCACCCAGGAGUGCCGGAAGGUGGACCCCAUGGCCAUCGUGGUCUUCCACCAGGCCGAUGUCGGGGAGUACGUGCGGAGCGAGGACACGCUGACCUAAGGGACCUGCAGCGUUUCCGGGCAAAAUGGACCUUGUCCUGCACCGUGGGUGCAGCAGCGGCGCGGGGAGCCCGCCCCGAGCGGGAUGGAGGGGCUGGGAGCCACCACCAUGCGGCCCCGCACACACAGGGGGGCUGUGCCAGCGGGAGGAGGAAAUCCCCCUGCGCCAGAGCCACCCCUGCCAUCACAUAAAGCCUAUUCCUUCUCCCAGAGUGCCUGUUGUCUAGCGUGGAGCCUUGGAGGGGGGUCAGCCCUUGCCCCCGCUGCUGGUCUCUGCUUGCCAGGGGUGGCACAAUGCACCAGGGUGUGACUCCCGAGGGGUCAGGGGGAGGC